AUGGCUUUCUACACUAGUAUGUCUCAGGUCCUUUUUCCCCUGAUCUGGUGUUCUAUUCUGAUAUGUCUCUCUUCAGGAUUCCCUACCAGUGAAUCAUCAGUUUCCCUUUCAAAGGCUGAACAAGACUUUGAAAUGUUCCAGCAAUGGAUGGCGGAGCACGGAAGAGUCUACCCAAACUCUGAAGAGAGCAACACUAGAUUCCAAAUAUUCCAAAGGAAUCUCAAGUAUAUUACUGAAACGAAUGCUAAGAGAUUCAAGUCACCAUCUGGGUAUCGUUUGGGCCUCAACAAGUUUGCUGAUAUGAGUCCUGAGGAGUUUACGCAAACCUACCUCCAUCCGCUGGAGGUUCCGGCCACCAUCACCCCGGCUUCCUCGAGCACCGGCUAUGUCCAACAGAAGGACUCAUGUGCACCCCCUUCUACCAUGGAUUGGAGAAAGCAAGGAGUUGUGACUCCAGUUAAAGACCAACAAUCUUGUGGAAGUUGUUGGGCAUUUGGAGCCACUGGAGCCUUGGAAUCGAUUUAUGCAAUAACCACCCGCAAACUUGUUAGCCUUUCUGAGCAAGAACUCGUAGACUGCGACCCCUUGAGCCAAGGUUGUGCAGGUGGAUGGCCCCAUAAUGCCUUUAAAUGGGUCAUCCAAAAUGGCGGGAUUAGUAAAGAAGAAGAUUAUCCUUAUGUCUCUCAGCAGGGUCCUUGCAAAGCCAACAUGCAUGAUGGAGACAAAGUGGUUAAAAUUAGUAGCUACAGUAAGAUACCAGAAUCGGAUGAUGCUCUCUUGUGCGCCGCUUCCAAGCAGCCUGUACCUGUCGCUUUCAAUGCAACAGAUCUUCGAUUUUAUGAGAGUGGAGUUUAUGAUGGUGAGAAUUGCCCCGAGGAUUCAACCGGUGUGACUCAUGUCGCUUUGAUUGUUGGAUAUGAUUCAAAAAAUGGCACGGAUUAUUGGAUUGCGAAGAACUCAUGGGGAGAGAAUUGGGGAAUGAACGGAUACUUCUUUAUUAAAAGGAACACAAACUUACCACAUGGAGUUUGCGCCCUCAAUGCUUGGGCUUAUGUCCCAAACAUGUAGACUAGUACACUUGUUACUUGGUCCGUCCCAUUGUCAAUCUGUUAUGUGAUGUACUUCUUAAUUAUUUGCUUUUGUGUGAUGAUUUACUAUGAACUCAUCAAGUCUCUAUCAUCAACUUUAAAUAAAAAGCCUUAAAUUA